CAUCGAUAAUUUUACAGCUGUAGAACAAAGCAGCAACCAAUUGCGUCUCAUUAUUGAAAACGAAAAUAAAUAACAAGUUCUGCAGAAUUCAAUCAUCAAUAUGUCGGAAAUAAAGGCGUUGGAGCACGCCACACUCAAAGUGCCGUACGAAAUACUAAACAAACGCUUUCGAUCUGCUCAAAAGAUUAUCGACCGUGAAGUUGACCAAGUAAUGAAUGUUUCGCGACAAGUGGAAAAGGCCUUGGACGCUGAGCAACCGCCCAUAUUGUCAGAUGUGGCCAAGUUAAUGGGCAAUGUUGCACAAAAACUUCAAGUGCUUAAACGUAAAGCUGACGAGAGUAUCAAUGACGAAUUGAGCGUCACGCAAAUAUGCAAACGCAAGCUCCAUCAUCUCAAGGGCAUCAUGCCUCGCUGCAAGGGAGACAUGUUUCUUAGUUCUGUUGAUCAGUGGAAACGUAUCCGUAUCGAUCGCCUGGUUAUCGAACACCUGUUGCGCAUGGGCUACUACCAGACAGCCGAAGAGCUGGCGACACGCACUGAGGUGCGUCAUUUGACUAACGUGGAUAUAUUCCAAACGUCGCGUGAGGUGGAAGAAGAUCUAGCAAAUCAUAGCACGACUAAAUGCGUGCUCUGGUGCAUUGACAACAAGUCAAAGCUACGGAAAAUCAAUUCCACCAUUGAAUUUAGCUUGCGUGUACAGGAGUUCGUUGAGCUUGUGCGUCAGAAUCAGCGCUUGGAAGCAGUCAAGCAUUCGCGUCGCUAUUUUCCAGCCUACGAGAAGACCCAGUUGACUGAGAUUUGUCAUGUCAUGGCACUGUUGGCCUAUCCGACCGACUCGGAAAUGGAGCACUGCAAGAAGUACAUGGAUCCCAAGCGCUGGGAUCAGCUCGUGCUGGACUUCCGUCACGAGAACUACCGCCUGUUCCAGCUGUCCAAUACAUCAGUCUUCUCGGCAGCCAUACAGGCCGGUCUCUCGGCGUUGAAGACGCCUCAAUGCUACUCUCAGACCUGCCGCAAUCUCAAUUGUCCCGUCUGCCAGGACGAUUUCCACCAGAUUGCGCUCAAGUUGCCAUACUCCCACUGCGUGCAGAGUCGUCUCAUUUGUCGCGUCACCGGCUUGCCCCUGAACGAGCACAACCAGCCGAUGAUGCUGCCCAACGGCCAGAUCUACGGCCGGCUCGCUUUGCCGAAGAUAACCAAUGAGGAUGGCACCGUCACCUGCCCGGUGACGAAAGUUAAGUUUACAAAACCUAAGAUCGACAAGGUAUUUAUCAUGUAAGGCGCACGAGGCAGUCUAAAGAGUGUCAGACUUUGUUAAACUUUAACCCCCUAUAUAUAUACUAUCAAUAUCAUUAAGCCAGAAUCAACUAUAUAUAUAUAUAUAUUUUGUAUAACUAUAUUUCUAUUAUGUAUGUAUCUAAAGUGGCGCCCAAAGUUUUCCAACAACUGCGCAUUUGAAUUUCGAUUACGAUUAGUUAGUUCUUCAUCUUCAACCAGAUUUGAUUCUCGUCGCUGCGCCGUCGCAGCUCUAUUGAUUUUUCCGGCAGCGCAGUCAACAGCAGCAGCGGCAGCAGCAGAGAUAGAGGCAGAGGCCGUAUGUCGAUGUUGAUUCAUGCUGUGCGGAGCGAACGAGCAGCGUUAUUUAAUUUCUUCCUAAGUGAAAACUAUUCAAAUAUAUCAAUAUAAAUAAAGAAAAAUUCAUAUAAAUAAGCAAAA